UUACAAGUUUUAUGGAGCUAUGGCGAAUAAAGACAUCGAGAAAUUUUGCAAAGAUGGAUUGCUCCUUAGAGAUUACCGGAAACAUUACGAAGAAUUUUUAACUGGGGUGAAAGCAGCUAAAAAAUGGAAAAAUACUGUGUGUAAACUUGAAACGUGCCAUGUCACAUACAAGUAUCGAAAGGCGUUACUGCUGGCGUUUAUUGACAAGAAGAAGGCAGAAAACUUCAAAUUGACCGAUAAAACGAUAGAACAGUUUUUUCACGAACUUAAAGGCUUCUCAUACGCAGAAGAGGCUGCAGAGAAAUGCGAGGAAAAUGAAAGCAGAACUUAUAAUUGUCUUGCUAACAUUUUUGAUCGGGAUGAUUUCAAGGUAGAAGGUGUUGUUGUACGAAGAACAAACCAGGAAGCAUGGAUUUUGGUCAAGAAAACCUGCUCUUCUAAUGGAAAACAAGAGUUCGAAUACAUCGAACUUCUUCUCGACCUGAAGAAUUUCGGCGCAGAUGAUGUCAGCAGAGCAUUUCUUAAAGUGGGCGACAUUCUUGAGAUUUCAGUAGGUUUCAAAGGAGAAGAAAUAGCUCUGGAACCAGAAAUAAUUUGUUGUUACGAAUUAUACGAGGAAGAGAUGAAGACAUUUUUCAAACAUCUACACAUGGUAGAAAGUGAUGGAUCAUCAGCUAUUGUAGUUGAGUUGCUGAGGUGUCAUGCUUUUUGGGAAUACAUCCUUCAGCAUUCUUGGAAUUAUAGCAACCAGACAAAGGAAAAUUUUUCCCACGACAUCUUACUUAUUAUUGAUAAGAUAUGCUCCAGUAGUCAGAGAGGAAUGUUACCGACUGUUCAGGGAAUCGUUCAAGAAUUUUCAAAGACUACCUUCUUCAAAUAUGUCCUUCCUGAAAUAGUUGAGAAUAUAGCCAAAAAAAGUUGUGGCAGUGAAUCCUUUAAAGUGGUGCAGAAUGUUCUAGAACAUGUCCUAAAUGUUUCACCUUCCUCUGGUCGAAGAGUUCUACCAAUGGCAAACGUUCUCGCAGCAAGUUUAGUGAGCAGCUCCAGUGGGCAAUGUGCUGUGGAUUACCUGGCGAAGCUAUCACUCAUGGUUGCCAUUGCAGUGCCAGGAGUGCAUGCAGAUCUUGAGGCUUUGUCGUGGAGAGAACUUCCAUUGCUGCCGCUGAGUGAAGAAAUCCAUAAAGAUUCAAGAGAAACUAGAACAGCUGACUUACCAGUGAUCAAGAAAGAAGGGAAGUACCACUCAGAAAAAGAAUACCUGAACACUUACUUCAGACUUCUAAGAGCAGAAUGUUUUCACAAGUUGAGGGAUGGAGUUUCCAAGUUUCUGAGCAAAGGAAAAUGUGAUUCCAGGGAUGUGAUGAUUUAUAGGAUUACUCUGAAAGGACUACAUACUCUAUGCCGAGAAAACUGUCCAACCCCCAUGUCAAUUGGAUUGCAAUUUACAGUUGAUUCAGAGGAAAGGAUUGACUGGGGAUCUACAAAUUAUCUAGUCUAUGGAAAUCUACUAUGCAUUUCUUGCGAUGGCUCAUUUGAACAGCCUGUUUGGGCUGUAGUGGAAAAGGUAUAUCAUGAACAAAGAGUUAUGUGGGUGACACUCUGUGGUGAUAAAACAAAUAACAUAUCAGAAGCAGAAUUUGUAAUCCAACUACAAGGAAUUACAGAUAAUGGGAAAGAAGCUUACAUGGCUGAAAGCCAGACAUUUUACUUGUCUUUUGGUCCAGCUAUGGAUAUUUUGCAACACAAAGAUUCUGUUCCAUUCAAAGAGUUCCUAGUGUAUCCAGAGGCCAAACGCAUGUGCCAAGCUGACUACAUUAGUAAAGUAAAAGCUCCUCCUGACUGGGCAAUCAUAUUUGAGUCUCCACCAAAGUCACGUGACCAAGAUGAGUCUUCAGUGUACUCACUUGUGGAUGACUUUGAAAGGAUAAAAUUUUCAAGUACCAAGGCAAAACUGGAUGAUACACAACGUGAUGCAAUUGACCUUACAUUUAAGAACAAAGUGGCCUUAAUUCAGGGACCUCCAGGAACUGGGAAAUCUUUUGUUGGUGUGUCUCUUGUUCAUCUUCUGCUAUCAAUGUAUGUACCAAAGACAUUUGGACCCAUUUUGGUUGUCACUUACAAGAAUAAUGCGUUAGACCAUUUCCUUGAAGAGUGUCAAGGUUUAUCACCUAGGCCCAGGAUUAUUCGUGUUGGAAAGGGAUCAAGCUCAGAUAGGUUGAAGGACUGUCUCUUGGCUAAGGUAAAGUUAAAGUUUGUGUGGUCCGAAGUUCUCAAAACGCACAUGGAAAAGCUUAGAGUUCAACUGCAAAGUAUGCAAGAUCACGUGAAGGAGGCAUACUUGAAGCUUCAGGGUUCCUGGGUUUUUAAUGUUGAGAUGUUCAUCCAGACAGCCAAUGAAAAACAGGUUAGGGCACUCCUGGUAAAUACGGAGAUAGGAUCAAUUGACCAAGCUGAGGUGGACAAGCUACUCAAAGAGAGAAACAUGGACGGAUCGUAUAAAUCACACUCGAAAGGGCUUAUAAGAGAAGCACUAGAGCAGUGGCUUCCUCCUCAAGAGAAAUUUUAUCGGUUUGCCAGUGAGAAUGGAUUCCCAGGAGCGAGUGGCAAGCCGUCACACUCAGUUACUAACGAAGAAUGCACAAAGUCACAGCGUGCAAGAGCAAGACAGCGAAAACUAGAUCAAGAGGAGGAAAACUUCGAAAAUUUCAGAGAGCCUUCUGUGGAGGAAAAUGAACGAAUGUCCUCAGCCUUAGAGGACGACCUUCCUUCUGACGAUAUGCAAGGUAUUUCUGAUACCAGACCGUAUGACACAUCUGGAGAACGAAAACUUAUCGCAAUGGAUGAUAGAAGAGUUGCACCCUUCAAAAGAUACUCAGGUGACACAAAUAUCUGGGCUCUCGAUGAGCAUGCAAGAAUUAAGCUUGUGUAUGCUUUUCAAAGCUUGUAUGCUGAAAAAGCCCGUAAGGAGUUUCUUAAUGUGAGCAGAGAGACCCUGGAGAAACAUCAACAGUAUGCGGCGUUGAGAAAUAAGCACGAUAUUGAUGUGAUGAAGAACUGUGAAAUUCUUGGUAUGACAGUGACUGGUGCAGCCAUGAGAGCUAAUCUGCUGGAGGAAAUAAAGCCAUCAGUUAUGAUAGUUGAAGAAGCAGCGGAAAUCUUGGAGGGACAACUUGUUGCAGCUAUUCCACCCUCCGUUCAACACCUUAUUUUGAUUGGUGAUCACAAGCAGCUGAAACCUGUGGUAAAAAACUCCAGACUCCGAAGGAGUUGUCACCUUGAUGUCUCCAUGUUUGAGCGACUUGUGAACUGCGACAUUCCUUUAAUGCAACUUGAGUAUCAGUGCCGAAUGAGAGAGGACAUCGUUGAUUUGCUCCGAUCACUUAAUAUCUACAAGGAGCUUAAAACAAAGACGGAGCUCAUUUGCAAGUAUAAUCCCCCACAUUGUGUGGAGAAGAGCAUGUACUUCUGCUUCCACAAAAGUGAUGAGAAACCGUCAAAAGAUUCACAUAGCAAGCGAAACCCCACUGAGGCUAGGAUGAUCACGGAAGCUGCAAAAAAGUUUUGUAAAGGGGGAGUGGUGCGUCCAUCUGAAAUUACAGUACUUUGCGCAUAUCGAGGACAGAUAAGAGAAAUAAACGAUUCCUUCAAAUCUUCAAAUGUUGCGGAAAUGGCUGAGAUUAAAGUGACAACGAUAGACGCUUUUCAGGGGCAGGAAAAUAACAUCAUUCUGGUUUCUCUGGUCCGAAGUAACGCUGAAAACAAGAUUGGUUACUUGACGGAAAAGAAUCGUAUUUGUGUGGCAAUCUCACGCGCACGUUGUGGUUUGUAUCUCUUUGGAAAUCAAGCUCAGUUGGCGUCUGCGUCAGGAGUCUGGAGGGCUAUUGUCGAGUACAUGCGAGAGAAGGACUGUCUCGUCAAAGAAAUUCCAUUUCGUUCAAUCGACGAAACCGCUUCUAGUAGCCGCUCUGAAGGUGAAUCCGAGAGCGGUUCUUCCUUAAAAGGUAGAGCAAAAAGUGGAGCUCAAAACACAACCUUCAAUAUUCAAGCGCAGAAUGUCAAUAUAUUUAAUUUUAUUGGAGACCAAACAGUGGUGCAGAUUCCAGACAACUCUACGUCGGCAGAGAUGAUAACUCAACGUACUCAAACACCUGGGUCUGGUGGAACGCCAUCAGAAGAACCACAGAGCUAUUUAAUCGACAUAUCGAAGGUCAAGACUAAAGAGCAGAGUGAAGAGGGAAGCAAAUUCCCUACCCAAGAGGAAGCCUUUGAAGAAGUUAAUAAGGAAAAGCCAAUACAAGAGACGCAAGUAGCAAGAAAAGCGCAAGAAGUGGAGGACGAGGACAAAAGACAAGGGGACCAAGUCAAGAGAGUCCAGCAAGAAUUAGGCAACAGAGAGCCGCUUCAGGCCGAAAACGGCCGUUCCACCGUAGAAACUGAAAGUUACAGAGAAGAGGCUUCACCCAUGCAGGAAACGAUGGCCACAGACAAGUCUACGUCGGCAGAGAUGACAACUUGUCAGUUACAAACACCUGGGUCUGGUGAGAUAAAUGUUCAGAGUCUGUCGUCUGCUGGAACGCCAUCAGAAGAAAGAGAGAGCUCUUUUAUCAAGAAAUCGAAGGUCGAAACUAAAGAGCAGAGUGAAGAGGGAGGCAAAUUCCCUACCCAGGAGGAGGGUUUUGAAGAAUUUGAUAAGGCAAAGCCAAUACAAGAGACGCAAGAGUCAAGGAAACUGCAAGAAGUGAAGAACGAGGACAAACGACAAGUUGACCAAGUCGAAAGAGUCCAACAAGAAGUUGACAACGGAGAGCCACUUCAGACCGAAAAAGGCCGUUCCACCGGGAAAACUGAAAGUUACAAAGAAGAGGCCUCACCCAUACAGGAAACGAUGGCCGCAGGUAAGGGGCCUUUUGAAGAGACUGGACUUGAGGUUGGCGUGAAGAUACAACCUACAGACGAGAAGGAAUGAUAACUCCAUCGUAGAUGCUCACUGCCAAAAAUAAAAAAUAAUUAUGAAAAGUAGGAAUAGUUGUAGAAUACAACAUGUUAAUGGGAAGAUAUGCGGUUACCUUUUUUAUCUCACCAUCAAUCUUAUGCCGACAGUUAGGGCCUCCAGCUGUUUUCAGCAAUUAUAAGUUUUAGAUAUUGACAAUUGUUUCGCUUUGCGCAACAACUUGUGUGCUUAAGGCUUUAAGGGAUGAUUUUGUGUCCUAAUACUUAUAUGAAGAUUUUGCUAUAAUCACAGUAUACACAUCGAGAAAAUAGUGGGUAAAGUUUGUACUCGAGGCAAGUGGCCCACCCGGCUGAGUGGAACUUAUCCCGGUCUCCAUAGCAUGAAGUGAGUAAAAGUGUCACCACCCCCCACCCCGAUGGAAUGCCAGUCCAUCGCAAGGUUCCUCUCGGCAUUUCAUUAGGCUUCCCUGACAAUUUGCCAGUGCACAUUUAUAUUCCAGGGAGGAGAGGAGAGAGGCACUGUGAGAUAAAAGUGUUUUGCUGAAGCACGCAUUACGUUGACCGGGCCGUCUCGAACCCAGACCUCUUGCCGCAGAGUUUAGUGCACUGACCAUUAGACUCCUACAUCCCCACCAAAUACUAGUGGAUGGUUAACUUUAGCGUUUACUCAUUAUUAAUCCCAAGUAUUGGCCACGCUAUCACUGGCCAAUUUUACUGGUAGUUAGAGCCUUAACAUGCUUUCCAUUCUCAGCUAAGAAUGAGAGAUAACAUUUAUUAUUUCUACGUAUCUCUUUUUUAUUCGGUCUUUACGCCCUGAUCAUGAGCGAUUUUAUUUGGUCCUUCAAUUUUACCACAACUUCAAGAUGGAGGUUAAGUGCCAAAGAAACAUAAAGCACAUCACUUACAAAAUUAGAUGGUUCGAGCAUCCAGUGGGAAGUCGCUUAAAUUUAGAUUCAAACUGUGAUCCGCCUUUCAUUUUUGCAAAGGAAAUGUUCAUCCAGCUUUACCGGAAUAAUCAAAUCAAAUAUAAAGUAAAUGACAAAAUAUUGUAAUGAAAGAGAUGUAACCCACAGAAUGAUCUUUUCCAUGCUUUAGAAGUUAUAGCCUGCCUCGCCACGCCCAGGUAUCAAUCAGCCAUCAAUUAGCCUGUUCUCAGGUCCCAGACGUGCAUGAAGUAAAAUGAAUUGUGACGGUAAACAGCACAAUAGUAGAUCUUAAUAGUGGAAGAGUAAAAUUGCGAGGGAGGUUUGAUUUCGAACGGCUAAUAAUGAAUGCAACUCGACCCAAACCUCCCUUAUUUCCGCUCUGCUCCUGCUUUCUUGCUUUUCCCUAUUUCGCACGGAUUCCGCACAGUCUUACUUUUUGAACGCCUGGAAGAGGAUGGCCAUUAAUCUGUAACAACAGCUUAGAAAUUACCUGGGAUAUUUUUGAUGUCAGGUGGCGGUGUAGGUGGGGUAAUAGAGACCUUAAGCAAACCACGACGGCGACAGCAACGAAGACGUGGAAAAACGAAAGAUCUAAUUGGCAGAAAAAUAGCUCAGCACAUGCAUUUUAAAACUUAGAAAAUUUCUUAGCCGUCCUUUGCAAAACAACGUGAAUUCAACAAAAUUUCCGUCGUUUGCGAACUGUUAUGGAGAGCGUUGUGUUACACAAUUACUAAAAAUAGAACUGAAGAAGUUUCUGGAACUCUUAGUCAUGCUGACUCAAGAAGAACUCUUAAUGGAACUUGCUACGGAAAAAUUGUUUUCCAUCCUGGGUCAUAGACAAGAUCAUUUACAGGUAUCUAGCAAAGUAAAAUAAUC